GGUAUUUUUUGUUCAAGGAACGUAUCGUUCAUUACCUUAAAUCCUUAAAGAUAUUUUUUCGGACAGCCAUUUUCACAAAGCUUUGAAAGUUCCUCUUCUGUCUUCUUCCCUCUGAUAUUUACUCCCUUGCACAAUAUUCCCAAGUGGUGAUAGCAGCAAAAGAGAGACACGAUGGCGACAGCAGAUAUCCUCUCCCCAAACACUUCCUUCCCCAUAGCCCCAGACCACAUACCCUCUUCCAGUUACAAUGACGAAGGCGACGCAUUGCAAACCACCCAUGACACAGCAACAGCUUCCCAAGCUGAGGAACCGGUCCGGUUUGAUGCCCAAAUACAUAUUCAGUACACACCUCCGCCAAGGGUUCACUCCAUGAAGGAGCUGGGCUUUAGUGAUGACGUUGGUGUCUCCCCGAUCGGGGUUUCCGAGCCAUUCUCGCUCUUCUCUCGUGAUGCGAUUUACCAAAUGCGAAAGGAGAUCCUCAGUGACAAAGUCUGGGAACGCUAUCGCUUCUCCAGUAAUCUCGCACAGUGUCAACUGCGCGGGUAUGCCGCUGAAUGUGCUCCAUUCGUUUAUGACGCCUGGAAGAGCCCGGAAGUACUGAAAAUCAUUUCGAAUAUUGCUGGCAUUGACCUUGUCCCUGAAAUGGACUGGGAAAUAGGCCAUGUCAACAUUUCUGUUCCAUCCCAGGUCGAUAAGGGUCAAACUCUCAAUUCCACUGAGGAUGAUGAACCAAUCGUCGAUUGGCAUACGGAUAGCUAUCCAUUUGUCUGUGUUACCAUGCUCAGCGACUGCACGAACAUGGUGGGCGGUGAAACAGCAUUGCGCAAGGGAGACGGAUCGAUUGUGAAAGUCAGAGGCCCAGAAAUGGGAUGUGCUGUUGUUCUUCAAGGACGAUACAUCGAACAUCAAGCACUGCGUGCUGUGGGCGGGACAGAGAGAAUCACGAUGGUAACAUCGUUCCGCCCGCGCUCGCCAGCCUUGCCAGAUGACACCGUUUUGACAACGGUUCGAGCCAUAUCCGACUUGUCAGAGCUCUACUUCCAGUUCUCCGAAUACAGGCUUGAGAUGCUUGAGGAACGGGUCCGGAUGCAGCUUAAAGAAAUCCGCGACCGGAAAAAAGCCAGACGAAACUUCAACACCAAAGGGAUGAAGAAAUUCCUGGCUGAGCAAGAGAAAUUUUUAGCUCACAUGAACAAAGAAAUUGUUGAAGACGCACUGGUGACGAAGGGCUUGAAUUCCGAUAGCCAUCUGAUCUCUGAAGAGCUUAAAGAGCGCCAUAAGAAACGAGCUUGCGUUAACGGCCAGUAGGUUGAAAGGUGCAUUGGCAAGGAUCCUGACACGAAGAUCCAAUGAUUUUGGUCAUGAAAAUGAGCGUAAUUACUUGUCGAAGAUCAUAUCCAUGAGUGGUAUUUGUUGUGCAUAUUAAAUUUAGGGAUAGCUGACUAUUGUUUUCGUUCACUAUUCCAGAAAGUAUUGUGUCGCAUUGGGGAGCAUUUAGAUAAAAUUGUUGCUUCGAGUUUUCGAGUUCCAAAAUUGGUCCAGAAGUUAAUUAUAAUUUAUAUAGAGAUUCCUGGGAUCCUAAAUUGAAUCUUUGUUUUUCGGUGUUGAACAAAAGUUGCGUCAGGGGGACGUCGGAUCAUUCAUCAGAAAUAUUCGAGACGGUUGUAGUCGCGUAGGGAUUCAUGGAAAUAAACACAAUUAACAUGAACGAAUAAAGGACAAAAUAUUAUAUCUGACGACAAGUAAGAGUAUAAUAAAAAUGAAUAAAAUGGCAGAAUAUUGAAGCAAAAAUAAAGUGCAUAGAUUCAAGAAUGGUAUAUAUUUCAGUCGUAAUUCAAUUUCAUUCCACAUCUCAUAUGGAGGUUGUAGGCAAU